UCCUUUUUGGGGCGGAAUUUAGGCUUGCUUUUGCAAUAUUUGCAAGAAGCGGAGGAAGAGAGCGGGCGUGCUGGUGAUGGGCAACUGAAUGAGAAGGGCGAAAUGCACAAGUUGUCCGAAAGAACCAGGUGUGAAGCAUCGAAAGCAAACUUCCAUAAUCCAUCAGUGCAGGUAGAAAACCAAGCCAAGACUGAGAGGAAUGACUCUUUUGCUUCUCUGAGUGUGGAGUAUCUCAAAACCCCCAUCAGAGAAGAACCCCAAGCAGAUAAGAGAAGGAACAAAUGCCGCGGUAUUCACUGGAGGAUCAACCCAGAGGAGAAACCCAACGAAAGCUUGACGUUUGGGAAGAGCUGCAGCCAGAGCAGAAGUGUUGCAAAGCACCCCAGACUCCACACAGGGGAGGCGCCAUAUAAGUGCUUGGAGUGGGGAAAGAGCUUCAACUACUGGGGCAGCCUCACUUCCCAUCAGCGAAUCCACAAAGAAGGGAAACUUUAUAGUUGCGCAAACUACAACAAGACCUUUAUCUGCAGAUCCAUCCUGAACCUGCACUUGCAAAAGCACGCGGAGAAGAAACCCUACAGCUGUUCCGACUGCGGCGUGACCCUGAGCGCUCAGUCCAGCCUCGUUCGGCAUCAGAGAAUCCACAGCAGGGAGAAACCCUACCGCUGCUCAGAAUGCGGGAGGAGCUUCAGCCAGAGCUCAGACCUCAUGAGGCACCAGAGGACCCACAGUGGGGAUAAGCCGUACAAAUGCUUGGAGUGUGGGAAGAGCUUCAGUCAGAGCACUGGCCUCACCUCGCAUAAGAGAAGCCACACAGGGGAGAGGACAUACAAUUGCUCGGACAGUGGCAAAGGAUUUUGCGAAACGUCAAAUCUUAUUCAGCGUAAGAGAACUCACAGGGGUGAAGUGGUGUAAGCACUCCAAGGGAGGAAAGAACUGCCCAUUACAAACGCAUGCCAAGUUUCCCGUCAAAGAAUCUGCACACAGCAGAGGUCCUGUAUAAAAUGCCUGAAGCGUGGGAAAGGAGUUCUGUAAGAUCAUAACCCCCUGCUUCACAUCACACGGGAGAAACUGUACAGCCGAACUGUUUUCUUGACCCAGAACAAGCACAGCUGCUCUUUCUGUUUCUAUUUAAUUGUCUUAGAAACAUAAAGCCCUCUUUUGGAAAA